GUCAUAUGACCAGUCCUCUGCUGUCACUAGUCCGUAGCAGUCAGCUAGGUGCAUCAAGCAACGUAAGCUUCCUCUGGUUUUUCUUACGACAAUGGCAACACUGGUGGCAAAUAGAGCUAUGGAUGUCAAUGGGUUGGCUGGAGCUGCCAGGACACACACCCAAGCUGUGACCAGGAAUUACAUCUCUCAACCUCGGCUAACGUACUCCACCGUGUCGGGUGUAAAUGGACCUCUGGUCAUCCUGGAUAAUGUGAAGUUCCCCAGAUAUGCUGAAAUCGUUCAUCUGACCCUCCCGGACGGCACCAAAAGGAGUGGGCAAGUUCUGGAGGUGAUUGGUAGCAAGGCCGUUGUCCAGGUGUUCGAAGGAACGUCCGGGAUUGAUGCCAAGAAAACCGCCUGCGAGUUCACCGGUGACAUCCUGCGUACCCCGGUGUCUGAAGACAUGCUGGGACGCGUGUUCAAUGGAUCGGGUAAACCCAUCGACCGUGGACCCAUUGUUCUGGCUGAGGAUUACUUGGACAUCAUGGGUCAGCCUAUUAAUCCUCAGUGCCGUAUUUACCCCGAGGAGAUGAUCCAGACCGGCAUCUCAGCCAUCGAUGGCAUGAACAGCAUCGCCAGAGGACAGAAGAUCCCCAUUUUCUCUGCUGCUGGAUUACCCCACAACGAGAUUGCUGCUCAGAUCUGUCGGCAGGCCGGCCUCGUGCAGAAGUCCAAGGACGUGAUGGACUACAGUGCAGAGAACUUUGCCAUUGUGUUUGCAGCCAUGGGGGUCAACAUGGAAACUGCUCGCUUCUUCAAGUCCGACUUUGAGGAAAACGGCUCCAUGGACAACGUCUGCCUCUUCCUGAACCUGGCCAACGACCCCACCAUUGAGCGCAUCAUCACGCCGCGCCUGGCGCUGACUACCGCAGAGUACCUGGCCUACCAGUGUGAGAAGCACGUCCUGGUCAUCCUCACUGACAUGAGCUCCUACGCCGAGGCUCUGAGAGAGGUCUCUGCUGCCCGAGAAGAAGUGCCGGGGCGUCGAGGUUUUCCCGGCUACAUGUACACUGAUUUGGCCACCAUCUACGAACGCGCCGGCCGGGUGGAGGGAAGAAACGGCUCCAUCACCCAGAUUCCCAUCCUCACCAUGCCCAACGACGACAUCACCCACCCGAUUCCUGAUCUUACGGGGUACAUCACAGAGGGUCAGGUCUACGUCGACAGGCAGCUGCAUAACAGACAGAUCUACCCUCCUAUCAAUGUGCUGCCCUCACUGUCCCGUCUGAUGAAGUCGGCCAUCGGUGAAGGGAUGACCAGGAAGGACCACGCUGAUGUUUCUAACCAGCUGUACGCCUGUUACGCCAUCGGGAAGGACGUCCAGGCCAUGAAGGCUGUGGUGGGAGAAGAAGCUCUGACCUCUGAUGAUCUGCUGUAUCUGGAAUUCCUGCAGAAGUUUGAGAAGAAUUUCAUUGCUCAGGGUCCGUACGAUAACAGGACGGUGUAUGAAACCCUGGACAUCGGCUGGCAGCUGCUGCGAAUCUUCCCCAAGGAGAUGCUGAAGAGGAUUCCUCAGAGCACCCUGGCCGAGUUUUACCCUCGGGAGUCUGCUGCCCGCCACUAAACCCACUCAGAGAUGCUCUGGUUCUAGCCCACCACCCAUGUUCCCCCUCAUUCUUUAUUUUACCUUACAGUUCAUCACCUGCAGGAAUCGCCAUUUUCCUUCUUGUCUUUUCAUUCCUCCUCCCUGUAAUGAGAGCAGACGUGUCCCAGUAGGUGUAUGUGCCGUCGUGUAGCUGUGUCAUCUUUGGAAAACAUCUGUGUUCUGACUGCAACAGUAUGAACAUAUCGUAAUCAUUUUAAAUCAAUGUGUUUAUUGAGGCGUGUUACUGUUUCAUCUCCAUGGUUUUUUUUUUUAUAAAUUAAAUCCAUUAUCCCCAGUAAAACCAGUUUCAUCAGUGGUACUAGCUGAAAGGGAUUUUAUCGUCAUGACCUUAUUUUUCAUCUUUAUUUCAAGGAGACCGCAGUAUUUUGUUUGAAAAGAUGGAAAUAAACUAACAGCAGCGAUCAGAUGUUUGCUGUAUUUGUCUUUUUUCUGUUUAAGGUGGGCCUCCUUACCCAGAACAUCGUGGAAGUUUACAUUAUUUGUGUUUUGCUAUUUAGGAGGACAAAUAUAUAUAUAUAUGAGUAUAUGAAACAUUCCCAGCUGUCUGCAGACAGAUUCUUUGUUGUGCAACCAUCGUGGUUUUGUGAGUGUUUGUGUCCAUGAAUAAAUUAAAUUAUAUGAGA